ACACAACAAGAAGAGGAUCUACGAGAAAAUCAUCCGUUUUUUGACAAGCCUCUUUUUGCAGUGGGUCGAGAAAGUCGUUUCCGUCAGCUGUGCAGAUUUCUUGUGGAGGCUAGGCACAAGACUAGCGAGCUCUCAGAUGCUGCAGACAAUGAGCGUACCAUUCAUAAAAGUGCCGCAUCACUCUCCAACUUGCUUUCCAGUAAAUUACUCGGUAUGGUGCCAUAUUUGGACUGGAUAAUGAUAACCGUCACCCUCUUAUCGUGUUCUUCAAUGGCGCUGGAAACACCAUUUAGGCGAUUGAUGAAUACUCCUGAAUAUCAGAUCGCAGAGUAUGUAUUUUUCGUCGCAAUGACUAUAGAACUCAUCUUGAAGAUACUAGCAGAUGGAUUGAUAUUCACACCCAAAGCCAUGCUCAAGGAUUUUGGUGGAUUUCUUGACCUCUUUAUCUAUAUUAUCAGCUUGAUAUUUGUCAGCUAUAUGAUGCGAGUCACCGUCAUUGGCCCAGGUUCUGGCGGCCAACUAUUAAUGAUGUUACGGUGUCUUAGGCCGCUCCGUAUCUUCUGCCUCGUGCCGCCCAUGCGACAGGUUGUCUACGAGCUAGUACAACCAUCAGCUUCAGAAAAGCAGACAUGA